AUGAUUUCGACGUCCUUUAAAGUUGCCGGACGGGAACCCCGUAUGCCUCCCGCAAACGUCCAAGCUUGCCGGCCAACAAAAGCAAGCUCUGGAAAUAUUCCGGGGAAUGGGGGGUUGGUCAAUAAUGUGAAUUCUUGGUCUCCCUCGAAAGUCCCAACUAGAUAUCCGGAUACGAGCCGCCUCCACACCUCGUUCCGAAGGUACCGCUUCUGGGAAAAGUUAUUUUUUGUUGCGGGGCCAGCUGACAAAAUGCCAUUCCCUCAAGACGCGAAUGUGAAUGCCCAAGAAACCUUGGGUGUGGAGGGUGCUCUAUACGCGCUAGAUCCAUGA